AUGGAUUGGCAGCUUUGGGGUCUGGUUUUCUACCUCCACGUGGCUUUCUCAGCUUCCUGGGAGUGUCUCUCUCACUGUUCCCUGUGUAUUCUUCACAACCAGGAUGGAGAGAAGCCCAUCAACCCUCUAAGCGUCCUCACCAAGGGAGAUGCCAGCCAGUCCUUCGGGCGCUUCUUCCCAAAGAUGGUGGAGAGGUCACGGCCAGAGGCCGGAGGAGACAACCCGGAGAUGCUUGAGAUUCGGGGUCUGGUCUCCCACCGAGAGGAGGAAGAGGAGGAGGAAGAACCUGAUCCGGCCUCUCCCAAGUCGGAGAGGAAACGCUACGGGGGCUUCCUUCGCAAAUUCCCCAAGAGGGGCUCCUGGGUGGCGGGGACCGAGGAAGAGGAGGAUGGGGGCGACCAGGAGGAUCUCCACAAACGUUACGGGGGCUUCAUGCGCAGGAUCCGUCCCAAACUCAAGUGGGAGAAGCAGAAGCGUUAUGGCGGCUUCCUGCGCCGUCAGUUCAAGGUGACCACGAGGUCCGAGGAAGGGCCCAAGGGCGCCUCGGAGGAGGCCGCUGACCUAUAG